AUGAACAAGAUCCGAGCAGUGAGGUACAGCGACACGGGGGGCAAGCGGCGCCGGCUGCAACCUCCGGCAAAAAGGCCCAGAGUUGCGCCAAACAUGCGUGAGUGA